AUGUCAUUAGCCGAAGAGGAGGAGCUUCAAAUCGAAAGCAAAUAUACAAAAGAAAAAAAAAUAGGAGAAGGAACUUAUGCGAAGGUUUACAAAGGGAAAGAUCGUGAAACUGGACGUGCAGUCGCUAUUAAAAAGAUUAAACUCGUACAAACAGAAAUAGGGUUUCAGGGGAUAGAAAUAUCAGCAGUCAGGGAGGUAAAAGUUUUACGAGAAUUAAGGCAUCCUAAUAUCAUCGAGGUUUAUUCUGAUUUAGAAAUGAUAAUAAAAGAUAAGAGUCUUGUAUUUAUAUCAGCAGAUAUCAAAAGUUGGAUGUUGAUGACUUUGCGUGGGUUGCAUCAUUGUCAUCGAAACUGGAUUUUACAUCGUGAUAUGAAACCUAACAAUUUACUUGUUGGUAGAGAAGGACAAUUAAAACUUGCAGACUUUGGUUUGGCGCGAGAUUUUGCAGAACCACGUAUUAAAACCAUGUCACCACAAGUUGUUACUAG